ACCAGUCUCAAUCAGCUGUGUGCAAUGGAAGGGCAACAGGACAGCGCCCCACUGCCCGAUCAGUCCCCCGAUCCGGAGCGUCUCAGGGUGGACACAGGGGAGGAAGAGCAGGCCUCCCCCAAAAGCAGUCCAGACCUACUGCAGAUGCUCCAGGCCUCGGAGAAUAGGCGCCUGGGCAAUGUCAAUGGGGGUAGAGGUGAGAUGACCAAGGGAGAGGUCACUGAGGCGCCCAAAAUGGACAUGCAAAUUCAAGUGACCAACCAAAACCAGGAUUAUGACAAGCAUCACACAGAGACCUCCCACCGCUUGCUGUCUCGCUCGUCCAGCGAAAACGGCUCAGUGAACAGUGACAACUAUGAAGAUUGCCUAAGUCCCCGAAACAAUGUUCAGAAAACUUCCAGAGGCCUGAUUGACUUUUGCAUCAAAAAUAUCAAACAUGUUGAAUCCGGACGAAGGGAAAUCAGACUGGCAGAACAAGAGAUGCCAGCACUGAUGGAGCUGAGAAGGAGAGCAGGAGGGGAGCGGCCCUUAGCUGGAGCCAAAAUAGUGGGCUGUACUCAUAUCACUGCACAGACAGCGGUGCUGAUAGAGACCCUGUGCGUGUUGGGAGCCCAAUGCCGGUGGGCCGCCUGUAACAUCUUCUCCACUCAGAACCACGUGGCCGCAGCUCUCGCCGAAGCAAGUGUAGCUGUGUUUGCCUGGAGAGGACAAACCGAGGACGACUUCUGGUGGUGCAUUGACAAGUGUAUCAGUGGAGCCAGCUGGCAGCCCAACCUGAUAUUGGAUGAUGGAGGAGACAUGACUCACUGGAUCCAGAAGAAAUAUCCCAGCAUCUUCAAACAGCUUAAAGGUAUCGUGGAAGAGAGCGCGACUGGAGUCUACAGGCUCUACCAACUGUCUAAGGCCAGUGGACUUAUUGUUCCUGCUAUUAAUGUCAACGACUCUGUUAUCAAGCAGAAGUUUGACAACCAGUACUGUUGCAAGGAGUCCAUUUUGGAUGGGUUAAAAAGAGCCACAGACAUCAUGCUGGGGGGCAAGCAGGUGGUGGUGUGUGGGUAUGGAGAGGUGGGUAAGGGAUGCUGCGCCGCUCUCAAAGCCCUGGGAGCAGUGGUCUAUGUGACAGAGGUGGAUCCCAUCUGUGCACUGCAGGCUGUGAUGGAGGGCUUCAAGGUGAUCAAGCUGGGAGAAGUGGUGCGACAGGUGGACAUGGUCAUCACAUGCACAGGAAACAAAAAUGUGGUGAUGCGCAAACACCUGGACCGGAUGAAAAACAGCUGCAUCGUGUGUAAUAUGGGCCACUCCAACACAGAGAUCGACCUGGCAAGUCUGCGCACGCCCGAGCUCAAGUGGGUGCGAGUGCGUCCCCAUGUGGACCAUGUCGUCUGGCCCGAUGGGAAGAGGAUCCUUCUGCUGGCUGAGGGUGGACUGUUGAACCUGAGCUGCUCCACAGUGCCCUCUUUUGUCCACUCCAUCACUGCUACAACACAGGCACUUGCUCUUAUAGAGCUGUACAACGCCAGAGAUGGACGGUACAAACAAGAGGUCUACCUGCUGCCCAAAAAGAUGGAUGAGUAUGUGGCCAGUCUACACCUGGGCUGCUUUGACGCGCAUCUGACAGAGCUGACAGAGGAACAGGCCAAAUACCUGGGAGUCAGGAGACAGGGCCCCUUCAAACCACACUACUACAGGUACUGACAGACUCCAGUGUGGGAUCAGAUCUGCAGACAGAGCAAUGGCGCCCUCUGGAGGUUGAAUCGCGCUCUUAUAGGCCCUAGGUGUAGGGGAGUUUUUAAAUUAAGAUUCUUCCAAAGGAGCACACAGCUGCAAUGAUGUAGACUGGAUUUAAAUGCAUUUGAUUACAAUUGUGAGGUUUUGUUACAUACAUAUCUUGUGAUAAUGUGGCCAUGUGACCCAAGCCCUUUAAGAAAUAAAUGUUAUACGUAUUGGGCCUUGUAGUAAUCUAUACUCUUUUAAAUAUUACUCUAAGUCAUAAGACAUUAUUUUAACGACAAUAUUAUCAUGGUUAUUUCAGUACUCUAAUUCUAGAUAUAGUUCACAUAAUCACAUGUUUAAACCUGCUCUAAUUUAAUCCCAAUAUCAAUGGUUGUGUAAAUAACGCACCCACUAGAGGGCGCAAUAGUAGUUUGUUUUUGCCAACGUUUGCUGCAAUUACAGCUCUUGAAUAGGAGCAUUUAGCAUUUAUUUCACAAAUUUCAAUUAUGGGCUACUGUACAUAUUGUGUUGUUUUGAUGCAUAUGUUGAAUUUGUGAGUUUAAGUUAAAUAGGCCUGGCUGUGUGGUAUUAAAUAUUCUUAAAGUG